UCUCCGCUUCUCGGGCGCUCUGGUCCCGUUAUAAAAUGUCCCUGCAAUCCUGAAACAUCAUCCGGGGAUGGCACGGAGGAGGAAAUGAGACAAAGUUUCUCCUGAAAUGCUGAUGGAACCCGCCGGUGGGAUUUGGAAGCUGUUUUCUACCGAAAUGUGGUGGAUUCCCCUCGUUCUUCUGGCAGGUGUCUUUCCUCCAUCAUGCUCAGGCCUUCAUGUGAUGGUACGAGAUGAGAAGAGAUAUGCUACUCUGUUCCAGUCAGUGGUUCUGCCGUGCCAAUACACCAGUGUAUCCACGCAGCCUGCUAUGGUGAAGUGGAUCUACAAGUCUUACUGCAGGGACCGCACCAGGGACUCGUUCAGCUUCCCUGACAGCUUGAGCGGAGGCCUGGGUGGAAGUGGUCUGCAGAUCGGAAGCGGAGGGGUCGGACGAGGCUACGAGACGGGUUCCACGGCGAGCCACCUGGACUGCUCCGACAACCGGAGGACUGUCAGGAAUGUGGCGUCCAUCUCUGGGUCCGCGGUGACGCUCUCAGAGUUCUACAAAAAUAGAGAUGUUACCAUCAUCAAUAAGGCAGAUCUGCGUAUAGGAGAGGUCCAGUGGGGAGACAGUGGUGUAUACUUCUGCCAAGUGACCAUAGCGGAUGACAUAGAAGGACAGAACGAAGCUUCUGUGGAGCUGCUGGUUCUUGGUUUCUCAGGUGUGCCUGAAGAUCUCCUGCCUGACUUUGAUUUGAAGAUUAUGCCAGAGUGGGUGUUCGUGGUGGCUGUGGUGCUCGGCAGUGUUUUGUUCCUGCUGCUGGUCGGGGUUUGCUGGUGUCAGUGCUGUCCCCACUCCUGCUGCUGCUACGUCAGCUGCUGGUGCUGCCCUGACACGUGCUGCUGCCCCCGACACUUGUAUGAGGCAGGUAAAGGCAUAAAGACAGGCACCUCCACCCCUCAAACACCAGCCUACGCUCCAUAUUUUGUGUCUGGACUGCCGGCCAUGGUCCCCAUUGCCCCACCGUCACUGGUGGACAAGAUGUCUUCUGUCCCCCCCUCAGACGGCACCCUAGUCUCAACAGUAUCUCAAGUGCCCGUGCAUGCUGUGGGGAUUCCCUACCGCGUACCUUCACCGCAGGAUCAAAACUCUCUCAGGGUGCUACAGUAUGUAGAGAAACAGCUGGCUACCUUCAACCCUUCCGGGUCCGGCAGCAAACAGUCCUGCAGUCAGUCAGAACUGAGCUCCCUCCAUGAAGGAGACACCAACUUCCGCCAAACUUACAGGAACGUUCAGAAGAAAGCUCUGCCUGCCAUCCCUGAUCAAGACUCGUGCCCGGAACCACACGGCUACCGUGAAAACCGCAGCCCGGAGCCGCAGCAUCACCGUAAGAACCUCUCGUCACCUCAUCGUUACCGUCACAACCCUGACUCAGACCAGCACGACAGCCAGGAUGAGCCUCUGCUCCCGCGACGACACAGCGACGACCCGCCGUCUUCCUCUCAGUCGCACAGGAUUGGUCGAAGUCAGCGGCAACAGAACUCCAGCAAUGAGGACAAACACGACAGGUGGAACCCUUGUUCAGAACACCUGCAGAGAAAGAGGUAUCGCUCCUCUGGACGGACUGGCUCGCUGGAUGAGCUGGAGGAGUUUGCUGCUUUCUACAAGCAGAAAGGAGGCAGAGGAGCGGAGAGGAGGGAGGAAGAAAGGGUGGAGUAUGAGAUGGAGGUGCUGGAGUUGAGUGGCUAUCCCUCCCAUCGUAAGGGUCCUCCUCAGCAUUAUUACAACCACGAGGAAGAGCUUGAUGACAACAGUGAGCAUGAAGGUUAUACUAGACCAAGCAACAAAGGCAAACACGACAUUAGCCCACUGCCUUCUCCCAAAAAGAGGGGGAGCACACGGGAACGGGAGAGGGCCGAGCCACGUCCCCCGAAAAGAGAUCCACCAUCAACUAACUCUCAGGAGAGGGACUACGACGGCACUUUCCUUAACAGCCUGUUGGAGCGUAAGGCUAAGCUGCGAGGAGUUUCCCAGGGCAAAAAUGGCUCCCGGGGUGAGGAAGAGUUAGAUGCACGCUCAAGAGGGAGCACAAAAAAGAGCAGCAGGGAAUCCAACCGGCACCGUAGUCGCUCUCCCAGUAACAUGCUUGAGGACGACUCGCUGCCCGCAUCCGACUCAGAGAGGACAAGAAAUGAAAGACCGUCUUCACGGUCGCUUCCAGCCAACUCCCGCUCCUCUCCACCUGUUCAUUCCCUGACCGCUCACAGCGAGGAGCACAGGGACAAGUCCCGGAAAGUGGUCAGGUUCAGAUGCAACCAGAAUGAAACCUAGAACACUCUCCUCAGCCGAGACUCUCUCAUCGUCUGACCGACUCGGAGACAGACACGGCGAAAGAAUCGAGUGGACUGAGACUGCGGCUGUGAAGCAGAAACCACACGUCAGCUGAAGAACAAUGAUGGAGCGGACUUUGCGUCUGGGUUUUGCAAUCUAUGUGCAACGAAUCCUGCCUGGGAGAAAUGUAAGGACAGCUGAAUCAGUAAAGGAUGACAGUAAUGCUGGGUCCUUCUGCCUGUGAUAUCACUGAGUGAUGAAGUCAGUGGCUGUGUCACGUAUAUUUGUGUUGGACUAACACGUAAACCAAUGUCAGCUGGACAUAUGGCCUGGACUGUUCCUCUCCGUGGGACGCGGUUUGUCUCCUCUUCGUCACUUUAGAAAAGCUCUGCAGCAGAUGCUCGCUAGCUCUUCAGGCACAAUGACUGCAUUCAUAUCCAUUUAAUGAGAUAUGGGAGUUGAAGAACCCAUUUGUAUUAUAGAUGAAAAUGACAGCACUCUAAUUGUAAACAAAAAAAAAAAAAAAAGAAGAAGCACCACCCCAACACUGCUUCGGAAAACAAUGUACAUGUUGUCAUUUAUUAAUAUUCAACAACUAAAACACUUAGGUUUGGGAGAGAGAUUUGCGAGAUACUUAAUUUUACAAAAAGCUGAAAGUUGUGACAAGCCUCAGCUCCAUUAUAAAGUAUUUAUUAAUGAACACCGUCAUUAACAAAUUCAUUUACAGCACAGGGCAAAUCCCUUAUUUCUUUGUAUUUUCCUUCCAAAGGAACCAAAUCUCAUCUCAAGACAUUGCAUGGCUAUUCUGCUGCUUCGUCUACUGAAGUCCAGGUUUUAUGCCACUAUUUAUUAUUUUUUUAUUAUUGUAAUGAUCCAAUUUUUGUGUCAAACUGUGUUAUCUUUGGCAUUUUUGCGAUAUAAAACUGCAUCUACUAUCACAAAACACUAUUAGAAGGAAAUUGCUAAAGAUUGAUUUGAAUUAAACAAUUUAAAAUCUGUCAUCUUUAAAAAAAAAAAUUAAAUGAAAAUAGUUGGAUGCAAGGGAUGAGUAAUAAGGCCUUUACUAAAGACCCUUUUUAAUGAAAUAUAGAAAAAAGUAUGAUUUUCCCUGGAAGCACAAUAUGAAGAAAAAAGAGGUUUGGGUUGUGCUGUACCUUAUCUACUAACGCAUAUCCUAAGCUUUAACACAAAAUAUUAAAGAUGUAGAGUAUUUCCACAUUCAUUACAUUCAAGUGCAGAUAGAACACUUAAUGGGUAGAUGGUAAAUGGCAUGUACUUGUGUAGCGCUUUAACUAGUCCGACGACCCCCAAGUGCUUUACACUACAGUCAGUCAUUCACACCCUGACGGUGGUGAGCUACGUUAGUGGCCACAGCUGCCCUGGGGCAGACUGACAGAGACCAGGCUGCCAUACAUCAGCACCACCGGGCCCUCUGACUAAGGGCAGCUUGAUGAACUUUCAAGUUGUGGUUAAGAUGUGUAAUGUUGACUGUGCAUUGGGAUAUCUGUUCUUCUGCUUUGUUGUGCUUUCUGCAGUGCUUCCAAUUUUUUUAUUAGUGGAAUAUUUUUGUGUAUUGAAAGCAUUCUUAAAUGUGUCAAAAAACAGAAACAGCUCAAAAGGUUAGUUGUAUUCAAACCAGUCUUGGGUUAGAUGUUGUCUGAAAAAGUUAUUCAUUACUUUGUUCUAACUGAGCCACAAAUGGAGCAUUUUUUAUUAUACAGUAAAUGGCCUGUUAAAAGUCACACUACAAGUUGUCCAGGUCCUGAAGCAGCAAAGCACUGUUCUGUUUCUCAGUCACUGUUAGUUUUAUGCCAGAUGUAACGAGAGGCACUCAGAAGAGUUUUUUAUAAUUUUUUUUGCCUUGAAAAUCUCCUAUGGAAGCCAUUUUUCAAUAAUAAAUCAUGAAAACUCUCAGACUGAGACAACUGAGACCUGCACCAUGGUCUCCUAAUUCUAUGUGACCUCCUGGAUAAGAACCAAUGGGUUUUUGGAAGGAUUGUUGUAGGCCAGCCACUUCUGAUAAGGCUCACCCCUAUUCUGUUUUCUACAUUUGUAGUUAAUGGAUCUCACAUUAAAAUUGCUUUGUAAUCCUCUAUAGACUGAUUAAUCUCAAGGACUUUCAAUCAUAUUAAAAAAAAUUGUUUUUGUUUUGUAUUUGUAUUUUCGAUUGGGGCAUGAUGUGUUGCUUGCUGAGGUCCUUUAUUAUACUACGUUGUUAGACAGGUUCCAGUUUAGGCCUGUCCGGAUUCUACAGGUCUGGCAGUUUUCAGAGCCUGGUUUAUCAAGUGAAAUUAAACUUAGCUUUACAAAAAAUUUGGUUAAUCAUAGUAGAUUCUGUUUUUAACAAGGUGGGAGUGGGCAAUUAGGUCAGUCAUGGCGCCAAGUUGGUUUAAAUAUCUUUUUCCUGUUAAAAAUGAAAUUGUAAUUUGAGAACAGCAUUUUGUAUUUACUCAGGGCAUGUUUGUCUGAUAUUGAAGGUCGCUUAAUGAUCUGACACCUAAAGUUUGGAGAGAAAAAAAAAAGGUAAAACCGGGGAAAUCUAUACAGAGGCAAGUAUACUGUUCCAAAACAAAAUUUAAGGAACAUUUGGAAAACACAUCACAUCUCAGUUGGAAAACAAAAGUCCAGCUGGAUAUGAUAGAAUGGUUAAUGUAUUAGGAACAAUAUGAUGGCAUAUCAUUCGAUAACAGUGAAAAUUAUCAACCCACAGAGGGCUUAAUAUUAAGUCACAAACAAAGUGCAACAGAAAAAAAAUAUGCUUCUGAAAUGUAAUAUGAAAGAUUUAAAAUGGUACUGAGUAGUUUGUAUACCCCGAUGUGCCUGUAAAUAUCUGCCUGACAAUGCCGGGGCAUGCUCCUUAUGAGGUGACGGAUGGUGUCCUGGGGUAUCUCCUCCCAGAUCCUGACCAGGACAUCACUGCGGUCCUAUACAGUCUGAGGUCCAAUCUGGUGGCGUCAGAUGGACCUAAACAUGAUGUUUCAGUGUUUUUUAUUGAAGUGAGGAGGCCAGCCAAUAAUAUCAAUUACUUCAUCCUCUUGGAAACUGAAUGCAUACUCUUGCCACAUGAGGUCUGGCUUUAAUCAUGCACCACCAGAAACCCAGGUCCCACUGCACCAGUGAAGGGGCUAACAAUCGGUCUAAGGCUUUCAUCCUGAUAGGUAAUGACAGUCAUGGUGCUAUAGUUUAUCCUGUACAGGUUUGCAUGUCCCUCCAUGGAUACGCUUCCUUUAGACCAAAACUGACCCACCACCGAACCAGUCAUGUAGAACAAUGUUUCAGGCAGCAUGACGUUCACCACAGCUUCUCCAGACCCUUUCACGUCUGUCACAUGAGUUCAAAGUGAACCUGCUUACAUCUGUGGAAAGAACAAGACCUCAGCCCCAAACCUGCCAAUUUUGAUGUUCUCUGGGAAAUGACAAUUGAACUUGAUCAUGCAGUGAGCACAGGACAUACUACAGGCUACUUUCAUGAAGUCUGUUUGCCAUGGUUCAGUCACAUGACUAACUAGUUAGAUGACAGUGGUGCGUUGAGGUCACUUUGCAGGUCUUCUAGUAGUACUCAUCCUGUUUCUCCUUCCACAAAGGAGCAGUUACCAAUCCUGCUGAUGGGUUAAAGACCUCAGUCGUGAUGUCUCUGGCCUCCAACUGCAAAACCAUACCCGUUUUUGUGGUCGUCUCAUUGUUUCCCCUUUAGUGCUCCUUUUCAUUUCGACACCAGAACAGCUGACACUGCCAAACAACGCCCUCUACUACUGUCCUUACCUGAUUAUUAUUCCUGAAGUUUAACAGAGCUGAUAGUAUACUCUGAUUAAAAAGUGUUCCUUUAAGGUUUUGAGCAGUCUACUUUCUUCACUAAGCGCUACAGCCUAGCUGUGCUGACUGACCUCUGACCCAGUGAGCCACAUUUGUUGCCGGAUUUGCAGAGAUUAAAGUUUGAGUUUUGUAACAUGGA